AUGUGGAUUUUAUAUUGGUGUCUUGUGUCUGUAGUUUGUUCAGCGAAUAACAAAUCUACAGAUUUUUCCGACAAGAUCUAUAGAAUUAAUGGAAACUCAAUAGAUUUUCCAUGUGAAUCAACGAAGAACAUUUUCAUUAGCACAGAACGAUACAAUCCGAGUAAUAUCAUUCCGUUGCGCUUCCAAAUUGAUCACAAGCGUGACCGUGCGUUAUGUGUUCUACCGCGUCUACGAACAGGUAUUCCGAUCACUCUUGGAGUGAUUGAUCUUCAACGGCCAAGUUGCUACGCACAUAUCAAACCAUAUCCAUGUUGGGAUUACCAGGAAGAAGGCAACUGCAAUUCAUUCCAGUCUGUGGUGGAUGCGUAUAUCGAUAUCCGACACAACAUCUGGACACUGGAUACUGGAAUCACAAAUUAUCUACAACAGCCAAUCAAACGUUGUUCACCGAAGGUAGUAGCAUUCUCUUUAGAUAGCGACAGAACUGUUAAGACCUUCGACUUGAGUGAAAUAGUGAAGCCAUCAUCCAGACUACAACAUAUUGUUGUGGACUAUUCUUUGAGUGGUUCCCCCUAUGUGUACAUAGCGGAUGCUGAGGGAGCGAUCAUAGUGUUAGACAUACAAAAUGACAGGAGCUAUCGAGUUGUAUUGCCACGUGCCGUAGCAGUUGGCUGCAUAGAAACGGAUGUACUUUACCUUUUACUUCUGCGAAGACCCAAGAAUCAAAACACCAUAGUUUUUUCGUAUCUUUGCGGUCAGAAGGUAUACGCGAUUAAGUCCGAACAUCUUCGGACGGGUCGUGGAUCAAAUGCCAUAGUGGAGCUCGGGAGCAAACAGAGACAUAGCGUACUGCUUGGUACGGAUGGAGGUAAAAACGUGGUACUACGGUACAGAGGCGAAAGUGAACUGUACCUGUGGGACACUGAUCAACCCUACAGGGAGUGUAACUUCGUGCUGGUGCAGAAUCCCGAAGAAUGUCGACUGAGUACGCAUGUUGCUCCUGGAGGACAGGAUGAAUUACUCUACUCAUUGUCUUCAAACAUUGCUGACUACCUGAAUAGCACUAGCGGAGCGGGUGGAGCUUCCGCUCGAUUGAAAUUCAUCAGUAAGGAUUGUGAUGACGAUUGUUAUUGA